GUACUCUUCUUCUCGAAAUUUAAUACCUUACCUGUACAAAGAAAAAACAAAUCAGAAAACCUCAUCAUAUAUAAUUCUCGUCAAGCCUGCCCUUGCUCCCUGUCAAUCUCGUCGGCUUCUGACUUCUUUUCUCACUUCAACUCGACGAAAACAUUGUUCAAAGCUUUUCCUUUUUAUAGUAAUAAUGCUGCAAUAAUUUCAGAUUCGAGCGGUGAAAUCCUAAUACUUACAUAUAUUUUUGAGAAAAAACUGUUUAUAUUAUAUUAUAUUUUUAUUUAUUACUGCAAUAAUUAUUAGUUGCAAAUCUUUUCUGUAAUACACUUCCUCUUCUUCCUUCAUAUUGCUUAACUAAAAACACAAAGUUCAAAACAGAUACAAUUUUCCAUAUGGAUCCAAGGAAUGGCUAUUGCCCACAAACUAAAACUUUCCAUAGCCUAAGACAACCAGUCCCAUUGCCACCGUUAACGGAGCCUCUCUCUAUCAUCCAAUACACCCUCUCUCUUCUCAACUCACCGACCACCGGAAUCAAUGUCAACGCCACCACUUUCCUUAUUGACGCCACCACCGGCCACCGUCUCUCUUACGCCGACUUCCUUCAAAAAAUUCAAUCUCUUGCUUCUUCUAUCCAAGCCCGUUUUCCUUCCCUUUCUAAAAACGAUGUCGCCUUUGUUCUCUCCCCUCCUUCACCCCAUAUUCCAAUUGUAUACUUCGCACUCCUCUCUUUAGGGAUUGUUGUUUCUCCAGCUAAUCCACUGUCUUCCACUGCCGAGGUAACUCACAUGAUUCAGCUGUGUAAACCCGCCAUUGCUUUCGCAGCUUCUUCAACUGCCGUUAAACUGCCGUCGCUUCCCCUUGGCACUAUUCUACUCGAUUCCCCUGAAUUUGUCUCUAUGAUUCAAGCUCCCGUUUCUACUCAAAUAUCUUAUCCAGUUAUUCACCAGUCGGAUUCGGCAGCGAUUCUUUACUCAUCUGGAACUACUGGAAAAGUAAAAGGUGUUGAGUUAACUCACCGGAAUUUAAUCGCGUUAACAACCGCUUUGUAUUACAGCAAAUUCAAUAAUGUUGCGGAUGAAGGUGAAAAGGCGGAGCAAGAGGUGUCGUUCAUGACGUUGCCGAUGUUUCACGUGUUUGGAUUUUUUAUGCUUAUUAGAUUAGCGGCGUUAGGGGAGACGGUGGUGAUUAUUGAGAGAUUUGAUUUCGAGAAGAUGUUGGCGGCGGUAGAGAAGUACAAAGUUACGUACAUGCCGGUGUCGCCGCCGCUGGUGGUGGCAAUGGCGAAGUCGGAUUUGGCGUUGAAGCAUGAUCUCAGCUCACUGAAGCUGCUGGCGUGCGGCGGAGCGCCGCUGGGGAAGGAGGUGGCAGAGCGGUUUAAGAGCAGGUUCCCUAACGUGGAGAUAAUACAGGGAUAUGGUCUGACCGAGACUACUGGAGGAGCAACAGGGAUGAGUGGCCCUGAGGAAUCAGACCGGUAUGGGUCUGCUGGUCGCCUUGCUGUGAAUGUGGAAGCUAAGAUUGUUGAUCCUGAUAAUGGAGAGACCUUACCUCCUGGCCAGCGUGGAGAGCUUUGGAUACGUGGGCCAACAAUCAUGAAAGGCUAUGUUGGAGAUAAACAAGCAACCUCAGCAACACUCGAUUCAGAAGGUUGGCUGAAAACUGGUGAUCUCUGCUAUUUUGAUACAGAUGGGUUUCUAUAUGUUGUCGAUAGGUUAAAAGAACUGAUAAAGUACAAGGCGUAUCAGGUUCCCCCUGCUGAACUUGAACAUUUGCUUCAAUCAAUUCCUGAUGUUGCUGAUGCAGCAGUUAUUCCAUAUCCUGAUGAAGAAGCAGGGGAGAUUCCUAUGGCUUAUAUAGUCAGAAGACCAGGAAGCACUAUUAGUGAGUCACAAAUUAUAGAUGUUAUCGCAGAACAGGUUGCACCAUACAAGAAGAUACGGCGUGUUGCAUUCAUCAACGCAAUACCAAAAUCUCCAGCAGGAAAGAUUUUGAGAAGAGAACUCGUUAAUCAUGCCUCUAGUGGUGCUUCUGCAAGAUUAUGACGGAACAAUUACAUAUAUCUACAUAAUUUUAAUUACCAGUUCAAAUAUUAAUGUAUAAUAUGUUGUUUUAAGUCUUCCACGUCACCUUACUGCUUCAAUGUAUUUUCCUAUGAAGCUCAUAAUUUAAAUUACCAGAUGUUUUUAAGUUUUAUGCAGCAAUAAUUCACAGGAAGAAAAGUGCCUUCUUUUGAUGUCAUGGAUGGGGUGAUCAAUAGUUAUUUCUUUAUUCUCUAUA